AUGGCAGCCCCCGCGCCCCCACCGCCAGACCCCCAGUUCGUUCUGCGCGGCGCCCACUCAGCCGUGCACGCACUGCACUUCUGCGAUGGAGCCGAGGGGCACCCACUGCUCCUCUCAGGGUCGCUGCAUGGGCUGGUGCACAUCUGGAGCCUACAGACGCGGAGGCCGCUCGCGGCCCUGGACGGCCAUGGGGGCCAGUGUGUGACCUGGCUGCACACGCUUCCCCGGGGGCCCCAGCUGCUCAGCCAGGGCCGCGACCUGCAGCUGUGUGUGUGGGACCUGGCAGAGGGCAGGAAUGCCGUGGUGGACGCCGUGCGCCUGGAGAGCAUGGGCUUCUGCAGGGCCUCCAUCCUGGCCGAGGGCCCACAGCGCUGGAUGGUGGCCGUGCCCGGGAGAGGUAAUGACGAGGUCCAAGUUCUGGAGCUGCCGUCCAAGACGUUGGUGAGCUGCCUGAAGCCCGAGGCGGGGGCCAGACUGGGCAUGCCCAUGUGCCUGCAGCUCUGGCAGGCUGAGUCCAGCUCUCGCCCGUUGCUUCUGGCCGGCUACGAGGAUGGCUCACUGGCCCUGUGGGACGUCUCCACGCGGAAGGUGUGCAGCCGCGUCGCCUGCCACUCGGAGCCCGUCAUGGGCCUGGCCUUGGACCCAUGGAGGGCCAGGGGCGUGUCGGGCUCCGCGGAGAAGGCACUGGCCGUCUGGAGCCUGGAGGGGCAGCAGGCACUGCAGGUGCGCGGGACCCACGAGCUCACCAACCCCGGGAUCGCCGACGUCAAGAUCCGGCCAGACAGCAAGAUCCUGGCCACCGCGGGCUGGGACCACCGUGUCCGCGUGUUUCAGUGGCGGACGAUGCGGCCGCUGGCCGUGCUGGCCUUCCACAGCGCCACCGUCCACUGCGUGGCCUUCGACACCGCGGGCCUACUGGCCGCGGGCUCCGGGGACCAGCGCAUCAGCGUCUGGUCGCUCUACCCGCCCACGUGA